AUUAAAAAAUCUACACAUGAUACCGGAUUCACAGUGAGUGAAAGGUACAAGAAAUAAAUACGUGUGCUUCAUCUGCUACUGCUCUACGCCUCUACAUUGUUCUUGUUCAAACCUUCUCUGUUUUUUUUAGAGAUUAAGAACAAAGAAAACAGAUAAAAAUGGCGAUUACACUCAACAAUGGAUUCAAAAUGCCUAUUGUUGGGCUUGGAGUUUGGCGAAUGGAUAAGAAAGAUGUCAAAGAUCUCAUCCUCAACGCCAUUCAAAUCGGUUACCGACAUUUUGAUUGCGCUGCUGAUUACCAGAAUGAAGCUGAGGUUGGGGAGGCACUAGCUGAAGCAUUUCAAACUGGGCUUGUUAAGAGGGAGGAUCUUUUCAUUACAACUAAGCUGUGGAACUCUGACCAUGGACAUGUACUCGAAGCCUGCAAAGACAGUUUGAAGAAACUUCGACUUGAUUAUUUGGAUCUGUAUCUAGUUCACUUUCCCGUAGCUACAAAGCAUACUGGAGUUGGUACCACUGCUAGUGCUUUGGAUGAGGAUGGUGUUCUCGAGAUUGACACUACCAUAUCCUUGGAAACCACAUGGCACGCUAUGGAAGAUCUCGUUUCUAAGGGUUUAGCUCGCAGCAUUGGUAUCAGUAAUUAUGACAUCUUCUUGACAAGAGAUUGUUUAGCGCAUUCCAAAAUCAAGCCUGCUGUGAAUCAGAUCGAAACACAUCCUUACUUCCAACGUGAUUCUCUGGUGAAAUUCUGUCAGAAGCAUGGUAUCUGUGUUACCGCCCAUACUCCUCUAGGAGGUGCAGCUGCUAACACUGAAUGGUUUGGGACAGUAUCUUGCUUGGAUGAUCCAGUUCUAAAGGGUCUUGCGGAGAAACACAAAAAGACAGCAGCUCAGAUUUCUCUCCGAUGGGGGAUUCAGCGCAAUACAAUUGUCAUACCAAAGUCAUCCAAGCUUGAUAGAUUGAAGGAGAACUUUCAAGUUCUAGAUUUCGAGCUGACUGAAGAAGACAUGGAACAGAUCAAAAGCAUGGAUCGUAAGUACCGGACCAAUCAACCAGCCAAGUUCUGGGGAAUAGAUUUGUAUGCAUGAAGCUGAAGUGUUCAGUUACGAACAAGACAUUAGGACCUAUUAAAGGGACAUGUCUAUGCUUAAUGAUUGAUUCCAAUUAUAGUCCCUUUGUUGCUUCAUGGCAUGGAAGUAUCAGUUGUAGCUAAGAUAAAUAAAGAACUUUGCACAUCUGUGAAACUCUGAACUUAUAUAGCUCACUGCUUUUGGCAUGCGAAUUAUCAUACCUGCCAUCGUAUGUUAUUAGUGUUUUUAUCAAGUUUCCAUU